AUGUGGCAACUACAAGUCAUGAUGAAUAUAGAUCUCUCUCAAAACUACUUGGUCGGUUCCAUUCCAAGUGAGAUAACAAUGCUUAAAAAGUUGAUUGGAUUGAAUUUGUCCCACAACAAUCUAAUAGGGACAAUUCCUGCUAAAAUAGGGGAAAUCGAAUCCUUGGAAUCAUUUGAUUUAUCUUUCAAUCAACUUUCUGGACCAAUUCCGAGGAGCAUAUCAAGAUUAAGUUCAUUAGGCAUGUUGAAAUUAUCUCACAACAAUCUCUCUAAAGAGAUUCCUCAAGAGGGUCAUCUCUCCACAUUCAAUGAUGCUUCAAGUUUUGAUGAAAAUCCUUAUCUUUGUGGGAAUCCACUUCCAAAGAAAUGUACAUCUGAGAAUUCAUUUCAACCGCCGUUCAGAAAUAUCGAGAAUCAAGAUGAAGAGGAAGAUAAAUGGGAGAAGUGGUUGCUUUACAUAAUGAUAAUACUUGAAUAUGUGGUUGGAUUUUGGGGAGUUGUUGGAGUUUUAAUAUUGAAGAGGAGUUGGAGAUACGCUUAUUUCAACUUUGUGGAUGAGACUAAAGACAAGAUUCAUGCAAGAGUGCAUCGAAGCAUCGAGACGUUGAAAGGAAUGUGCAUUCACAAAUUCGUUGGUUGAUUUUUUCCAAUGGAUCAGUCGGGUAGGGUUCAACGCUUUCCUCCCGUUGAAGAUAACUACGCUCUAUAUCUUUAUAGUCAAUCGGGUCAUUCCCAUAUAUUCUUCUUCAAUUGCAUUCUUGAUUUUUUUUUUGUUGUAUGUCUAGAAAUCCUUGUCCCUUCCGACAGUUUUCCUGUUGGUCGUUUUUUCU